AUGGCAAUGGCAUAUACUCAAAGUAAUUUUGAUAAGCUAAUGAAAAGAGUUGAGCAGUUUGAUGUAAGGGUUAAGAAUUACUUGGAGAUGGCUGGAUAUGAGAAGUGGGCAAGGUUGUAUGCACCAGUUCCUCGUGGUUGGGUUAUGACAUCGAAUAUUGCAGAGUGCAUCAAUUCGACGUUAGUAGCAGCAAGAGAAUUACCAAUAUUUGACUUUCUUGAACAAGUGCGAUUGAUGUUUGCUAGAUGGAAUUGCACAAAUCAGAAAAAUGCAUCAUGCACUUUCACACUGCUUGGGAAGAAGUUUCAAGAGAUGCUUUUGCUUAAUGAAUCAAAAUCGUGGCGUAUGAUGGUUGCCCCGUCAACUAAUUACGUUUAUUCCGUAAGUGAUGAAGGGAAGAGUUAUAUUGUAUGCUUGGAAAAAAAGACAUGCAGUUGCAACAUGUUUCAAGUUGACGGUAUACCGUGCUCACAUGCGUGGAGUGUGUUGAAUAAAAAUGGCAUGCUUCCGGAAGAAUAUUGUUCAGAAUUUUAUAAGCGAGGAACAAUAUUGAAAACAUAUGAAGUCCCUAUAUAUCCUCUACCUGACAAAGGUGAACGGAACAUACCUGAACACAUUGCUACCGAAGUUGUGUUGCCACCAAAAUUCAAGCGACCUCCAGGAAGGCCAAAAAAGCAACGUGAAAAGUCAUUUAGCAAGCUGAGCAAAAGGAAGGGUACCAAUUCUUGUAGUACAUGUGGACAACAAGGUCAUAAUAGGCGUUCAUGUCGAACUGCAACACGAAAUGCAUAG